AGAAAUAUCACAGAUAGCCGAAUAAUAGAACUACAAUAAUGGCUUUACAGUAAAGACCCGUCCUCUUAAACAUUCAUGUCUCGCAUUUGUAGCGGAAACAGUGCUGGUGAAAUAAGAUAUCUUUCUCGCGCAUUUCAUAACGACAGAGCAGAAAAAGAUAGAACGUGUCCAUACUACAGAUACUACCAGCAGUAGAAAUGCCUCGCAUUGAGAAUGACAUCAAGUUGGACUUCAAGGAUGUACUUCUCCGUCCGAAACGAAGCACACUCAAGUCCCGUAGUGAGGUGGACCUGAUGAGAUGUUACACCUUCAGGAACUCCAAGGGAAGCUACAGAGGAAUCCCCAUUGUUGCAGCCAACAUGGACACUGUCGGCACCUUCGAGAUGGCUCUGGCUUUGUCCAAGUUCACACUCUUCACUGCCAUUCACAAGCACUAUUCAGUAGAUGACUGGAAGGAGUUUGCAACAAAGAAUCCAGAAUGUGUACCGUGUAUGGCAGUCAGCACAGGGACAGGCGAAGGGGACUUUGAAAGGCUGGGUGAGAUCACAGCUGCUGUGCCUCAGCUCCAGUACAUCUGUGUGGAUGUGGCCAAUGGCUACUCUGAGCACUUUGUCCACUUUGUUAAAGACGUGCGCCUGAAGUACCCGACACACACCAUCAUGGCGGGGAAUGUGGUUACCGGGGAGAUGGUGGAGGAGCUGAUCCUCGCUGGCGCUGACAUCAUCAAAGUGGGCAUCGGACCAGGGUCUGUGUGCACCACCCGUAAGAAAACAGGGGUGGGUUAUCCCCAGCUGAGCGCUGUGAUAGAGUGUGCAGAUGCUGCCCACGGCCUGGGCGGACACAUCAUCUCUGAUGGUGGAUGCACUUGCCCUGGUGAUGUUUCCAAGGCUUUUGGUGCCGGGGCGGACUUUGUGAUGCUGGGCGGGAUGCUCGCCGGCCACUCAGAGAGCGGGGGCGAGGUCAUCGAGAAGAACGGGAAGAAGUACAAGCUGUUCUACGGCAUGAGCUCCGACACGGCCAUGAAGAGGCACGCCGGGGGUGUGGCCGAGUACAGGGCAUCUGAAGGGAAGACGGUAGAGGUAGUCUACAAGGGUCCCGUGGACGUGACCAUACGGGAUGUCCUGGGUGGGGUACGCUCCACCUGUACCUACGUGGGUGCAGGGAAGCUCAAGGAGCUCAGCCGCAGGACCACCUUCAUCAGGGUCACCCAGCAGCUCAACACCGUCUUUGGGAACGAUAACUAGGCGAGGCCCAGGCUGGUUCACACACACACAUACACACAUAUACACACACCAUACCGUUGAUAGUAAGAAUCAGUCAGUUGAGAAACUUAAACCUAGGAUAAAUGUUUGGUUGCCAAAACCAAAACCUUUUUAGAUAAUACUAUCAAACAAUCCCUUAACUAAGAGUCAUAUUUAAGCAAAAGGCAUUAGGGGGUGUGGUAUAUGGCCAAUAUACCAUGGCCAAGGGCUGUUCUUAAACACGACGCAACGCGGAGUGCCUGUAUACAUCCCUUAGCCGUGGUAUAUUGGCCAUAUACCACAAACCCUCGAGGUGCCUUAUUGCUAUUAUAAACUGGUUACCAACCUAAUUAUAGCAGUAAAACUAAACAUUUUGUCAUACCAAUCAGCAUUCAGGGCUCGAAUCCACCCAGUUCAUAAUUCAACUUUAAACAUAUUUUGACUUAUUCUAAACUGCCAUAAAUGUACAUUUCUUGGUAAGAAGUGAACUGAGGGCACUUCAGGACGUAUUUCCAGGUUUUUCUUUUGUCAUCUUGCUCGAUCAUUCCCAUUCCGCUCUGGGGGCGGUGAGUACAGGCUUCUCUCUGUGUCCAAUAUUAUUUAACAUGUCCUAUCAUUUCACAUGAUCUUGCGCUCUCUCUCUCUCUCUCUCUCUUUACCUCUCAAUCCCCCAUUUUCCUAACACUUCUAUGCACAUCCCUGUUUUUCAAGACAUCUCAUCGCCAUGCUGUUUGAAAACCAUAUGCCAUAAAUUAAUAUACAGUAUUUCACCGUAUGAAGUAUGUACUAUAUUGAGAUUGCAAGCAUUAAAAACAUCUGCUUUUAUUAUUUUAGAUAGUCAAGUGGACAUACAUACAGUGAAGAGAUUCAGAUGUUCAUAAUAAUAACCAAUACUGCCGAUUUUAAAAUAUUUUAGAUUAUUUUAUCCUUUUCAAAAUAACUUAAAUAUAUAUUGCACUUAAUGAUUUGCAAUGGUGUAGUAUUCCAGUCGUUUUCCCCAUAGAAAGUUAUUUUUCUGCUAUUCUCAUGCGGACCAAAUAUUAAGGCGAGGAGGAAAUAGAUACUGAAUGAAAAUACUGACAAACAGGUGUUUCGUGUGCUGUACAGCUACAGCAGCAACUCGGUCAGUCAAAUGACACACCGCAUGUUGACGGGAAACUGUUGUGGAAUACAAGAUAUAGAGUUGCAAAAUUCCUGUAACUUUCCCAAAAUUCCCAGGUUUUCCAGAAGUCCUGAGUGGAACUUGGAUGAUUCCCAGAAUAUGGCAGAAAAAGCAAGAAAUCCAGCAAACCCCCAACCAGGAUUUCUGGAGAACUUGGGAAUUUUGGGAAAGGAACCGGGAUUUUGCAACCCUAAUUCAAAGUAUUGUAGCGACCUUAACACAACACCUAGCGACCUCGUCAAGAGGUUCGGACUUCUUAGCUUAAUGGUUAAGGUGUUGGCUUGACAGUCACUGGACAUGGUUCCAGUCCUUGUCAGGGCUCCCUCCUGAAUUCGCUACAGUAUGUUUUGAUGCUAAGGAAGGCAGGACAUCUUUGAUUGUUAACUCGAUUUACUGUUAAUUUCUCGCUUUGGUCAAUUAGACUAGAUAGAAUUUCCAUUCAAUCAGUAUUCACAUUAUUACUUCACUGGAUAUUCAGUUACUUUGCUAGAAUGUUGUCUAUGCAUUAUGAUUUUAAGGUGUGCAACUGACUAGUUUUCAUUAUGUCUGUAUAUUUACUUUACUUCAUAGUGUUUUCCAGGAUGAUUCCUUUUCAUAGAUUUUGGUAUUAGUCAAACAUGUCAUGCCGUUUUUAAGCCACAUUUGUUGUUGUUUCAGUCUUGUCAGUUCUGACCAGUCGGAUAAACACUCCAAACAGCCUACCCGACCGCGCGGGGUCGUCCACAUGGUCAUAAAGCACACCGUUGCCUUGUUUUGUAUCACAUUCCAAUAAUAAAACUGAAAAUGCAAUUUCAGAAUGACAUGUCCGCCCCAGUGAAAGUCGCGCCCCUGGUUCUGACCAAUAAAGAGCUUUCCAUAUGA